AUGUCUGGCAAGACCACUCGAGGCUGGGAUGCGAACUCCCACGAGGCCUUGCUGCUGGCGUUUAUCGAGGAGAUCAAGCCAAACAAGGGCAUGAUCACACUCGUCACGGAGCGGAUGAAAGCCAUGGGCUACACGUACUCUUACGAUGCCAUCAACCAACAUGUGCAAAAGCUCCGCAAGGGGCGUGAUCUCAGUGGCAUCGUCAACGCCUCCAGCGGAGGUGGCACUCCAACGAAAACGACGCCCUCUAAGGCUGGGGGACGCCAGAAAAAGACGCCUUCCAAGCGCAGCAACAGGGAGCUUACUCCCGUCGAGGACGAUGACGAGGUCAAGAAUCUGAAGCGGGAGGCUCCGGACGCCGAGGUGAAGAUGGAAACUCCCAAGAACAAAAGAGUCAAGAAGGAGCCCGUGCCGGAGCCCGCCUCAGACGACUCUGAGGAUGAAAUUUAA